AUGGCACAGUCUACAGCGACGCUCUCUGCCGUCUCGUUUGAAUACGCGUCUGUCAAGCAACCAUCCCACUGUCCACUUGGAAUCUACGUAAAGCCGUCGUCGUCCAAUCUACUUGUCUGGGACGGCGUCUUUUUCGUUCACAAGGGAUAUUACAGCGGCGCUGUCCUCAAGUUUCGCCUCUCCUUUCCGUCAAACUAUCCAGAACGCGCUCCUCAGAUCCACUUUAUCACAGACGUCUUCCAUCCAUUGGUCUCACAGCGCGAUGGCAGCUUUACUUUGACACCCCGAAUACCGACAUGGAGACCCAAGCAGCACCACGUCUUUGAUGUGCUAUUCUGGCUCAAAUCCGCGUUCAAAAAGCAUGCACUAGAUCAACUAAAGGAAAAGGACUGUUUGAACAAGGAGGCAUUCCGAUAUCGAGAAUCGAUUUCGUCGUUUGCUCAGCUCGCAAGUCAAUCUGCAUUACUAUCUCAGUCUGACCACGCGUUGUACGACCAAGAUUAUCCCUCUAUGACUGGAAAGCGUCAUCAUGCCUUUCAGUUUCGGGAGACAAAGCCAGACACCCUCAAAGCCUUGCGAGAACAACUAGGUUUACAGGAAUGGGCAGUUCAAACAGCGACAGAGGAUCCUCCGUCGACUAGCUGA